AUGUCGAACACAGCGGAGAGGUCCAGGACCACCAGGAGAGCAGAGGGAACCCUGGUCACAGAGAGAGAGCGAGAGGACAUUGUCUAUGACCUUGACAAGCACCGUUUCCGUGCUAUGGGCAGCGAGGAAACCAGACUGGAGGCGCUCAAGAAGCCAGUGGGCGGAGAGGAGGUUCAAGGAAAGCUGAUCAGUGACAACCGGUUCCGAAGCUUUGGCAAGGAAGGGCAGGUGGGAAAGGGGAUGCCACCGGCCAUGGCCAGUGCCCGGCACCGGAGCUCCCACUCCAGCAGAUACCUGUGGCUUCCCUCCUCCUCCUCCUCCACCUCCACCACCAGCUUCUUCCUAUGGCUCUCCCUCCUCCCCUCGGCUCUUGGCGGCAUCUCCCUUCUCGCCGAGCCCGGCGCCAGCCCCGGGAGGCUGGGCAGGACCGGGCUGGGGCUGGGGCUGGGGGGUGGGGAGGCUGGCGGUGGCUCGGGGCUGGGGCUGGGGCUGGGGCUGGGGCUCGGGGGGGAGGCGGCUCGGCUCGGGAGGAGAUCUCUGCCGCCCUCCGGCAGCCGAGAGCCGACUCUGCUCAGCACCUCCUUCAUCCUACGGGGGGACGCUUCCCACAACCAGGCGAUGGUGCAUUGGACAGGAGAGAACAGCAGCGUAAUCCUGAUUCUCACCAAAAUGUUCCAUUCAGACAUGGGGAAGGUUCUGGAAAGCUCGCUGUGGAGGUCCUCGGAUUAUGGAACCACUUAUGUCAAACUGAACCUACAACCAGGCAUCCCUAACAUCAUCACCAACUUCUACAUCUGUCCUGCAAAUAAGAAAAAGAUAAUCCUGGUCAGCUCUUCGAUGAACGAUCGCGAUCAAAGCCUCUUUAUUAGCACAGACGAAGGUGCCAUCUUUCAGAAGCAGCAGAUCUCCUUCUCUGUGGAAACGCUGGUCUUUCACCCCAAAGAAGAGGAUAAGGUGCUUGCAUACUGCAGGGAGCAGCGAUUAUAUUUUUCCACUGAUCUGGGAAAAAAGUGGCAGCUCCUACAGGAACGAGUGACAAAGGAUCGGUUUUAUUGGUCUGUGAAUGGCAUUGAUAAUGAACCUGAUCUGGUUCACAUGGAGAUUCAGCACAGCAGUGGAGGUUUCCUCUAUGUCACCUGUCCGAUUCUAAACUGCACUGAAAGAAAUUUGAAAGCUCACUUCUCUGGAUACAUAGAUAAGAACUCACUGCUUGUCAAUGAUGACUACAUAUUCAUUCAGUCAGCCUCUGGAAAUUGGACAAAGUAUUAUGUCUCUUACCGCCGAAAUGAGUUUGUUCAGAUGAAAUUACCCAAAUACGCCUUAGCAAAGGACAUGCAGAUCAUCAGUACGGAUGAGAAUCAAGUCUUCGUAGCUGUCAAGGAAUGGCAUCAGACUGACACCUACAACCUGUACCUGUCUGACGUGCAGGGCGUGCAUUUCAUUCUUGCUCUGGAAGAUGUCAGGAGCACCAAACAGCCAGAAGAAAAUGUUGUGAUAGACAUUCACGAGGUACGAGGAGUGAAAGGUGUUUUCUUAGCUAAUAAGAAAGUGAAUGGUAAAGUGAAGACCUACAUCACCUAUAACAAGGGUCGUGAUUGGCAAUUGUUGUCACCACCAGCUACCGACAUGAACGGCAAGCCAACUGACUGUCAUUUUCCUGAAUGUUCUGUUCACCUGCACCUGCGCUGGGCAGAUAAUCCGUAUGUGUCAGGGACUGUUCACACCAAGGACUCCGCACCGGGACUUAUUAUGGGAGCAGGAAACCUGGGUGCCCACCUGGUCGAAUACAAAGAAGACAUGUACAUAACCUCUGACUGCGGCAACACAUGGAGGCAGGUAUUUGAGGAAGAGCAUCAUAUUCUGUACCUGGACCAUGGCGGUGUUAUUGUUGCCAUCAAGGACACCUCCAUCCCUCUGAAGAUACUCAAGUUCACUGUAGACGAAGGACAUACCUGGACAACGCACAACUUCACCAGUACUUCUGUCUUUGUGGAUGGACUGUUGAGUGAACCGGGCGAUGAAACACUGGUCAUGACGAUCUUUGGUCACAUCAGCUUCCGCUCAGACUGGGAGCUAGUAAAAGUGGACUUCAGACCGACUUUCCCCAGACAUUGCUUACCUGAUGACUACGACUCAUGGAAUCUAAUGAAUCAGGCCGAGCACUGUAUCAUGGGUGAGCGGAGAGAGUUCAGGAAGCGGAAAAUAUCUUCGUGGUGCAUUAAAGGAAAGAACUUCACAUCUGCUGUCACAUCCAAACCUUGCCAGUGCACAGACUUCGACUUUGAGUGCGACUAUGGGUUUGAGCAGCAGAAAAAUGGCCAGUGCUUCCCAGCAUUUUGGUACAAUCCAGAUGCCCCCUCUGAGCAUUGCAGAUUGGGACAGACCUACACCAGCAGUUCUGGGUACAGAAAGGUGGUGCUGAAUGUCUGUGAAGGUGGUGUGGACAAACAGCAGGGUUCAACACAGCACCAGUGCCCACUAAUGGCCCCCAAAGGACUUCGUAUUGUCACUAAAGGUGAACGGCUGGCGGUCAACCCGGGUGAUGAUGUUACCUUCAUAGUAUCACAGGACCAGGGUGAUACGUUAAACACAAAGUAUCAGGUGGAUCUUGGUGAUGGCUUUAGGGCCAUUUAUGUCAAUCUCACGCUCAUGGACGAACCAAUUCUACACAGAUAUGAGAAACCAGGAAUCUACCGUGUCUCUGUCAAAGCAGAAAACAGUGCAGGGUCUGAUGAAGCAAUGGUAUACAUCCAGGUUAACUCACCUCUCCAGGUGGUGCACUUGGAGGUGUUGCCUGUCCUUCGCAGAGGCCAACUAAUGAAUCUGACAGCGUUGGUUCAGCCCAGCAACUCUAACCUAACAGUUUUCCAGUGGUGGCUAGGGGACAAUCUCCAGCCUCGCCUUUCCCUGGAAAACAGCAUUCUGACCAGCUUCAAUGCAAAUGGGCAGAUUAAGAUCACAGUGCAGGCUUCCUGUGGGAGCUCCAUGGUUCAGGACUCCAAAGUGGUGACUGUCUUCGACCAGCUGGAGGUUCUGCCUCUCGUGUUCUCUGAGAACAUAGACAGUUGCAAUCCGAAUGUGCCAGAGUGGAGGGAAGACAUUGGCCGGGUCAUAUCGAGGAUCUUAGCAAAGGCAACAGGCCUCUCUGAGCAGCUGCUGCUGACGGUGGUGAGAGUGGGCCUGCCCACCACUGCGGAGCUGUACCUGCUUCCACCACCAGAUAAACCCAAGCAGAAAAGAAGCACAAGCAUGGACAAGGGUAUUGAUUCCUUGAUAGAAGUCUUGACAGAAAACCAGGUCACAUUUUCUUUGAAACCAGGGGUGGACGUAACUGUUACACUGGCGGAUUAUAGAGCAGUUUCCCAGAAAAUCAUUGGAGGGAGAGGCGUCCUGAUUAUAGUAAUCAUGUUUGUGAUCUGCCUGCUCGGAGUGGGGGGUUUCAUCCUGCACAAGUUCAAGAGGAAGAUACCGGGGCGAAAUGUUUAUGCUCAGAUGCACAACGAGAAAGAACAGGAGAUGACAAGUCCUGUUAAUCACAGUGAAGACACUCAGAACAUCAUCCAGGGAGAGGAGUUUAUUGAUGAUGAUUUGGAUUCCCAGACACUCGGAAAUGGAAGAGGCAAUCACUCAGCUGUGGUUCUCAGCAUAAACUCCCGGGAAAUGCACAGUUACCUGAGUAGCUGAUGUUUGCUAUGGAUGAAACGUUAAGACUCACCUCCAUUUUAUUUUGUUGUUUCUGGGGAAGGGGAGGAAGAGAGGCAGUGAAAUGAACUACAUUAUUGGUGACGGGACUGAGUGGGAAAAUCUUGCCUCCAGUGCUUACUAAACCUUCUCCAGUCAAGCAUCAGUGUGUUAUAAACAUCCCCUGCACAGAGAACAGCGUCACAGCGAGGAACCGUGAAGCUAUCUAUCUCUCCUGCACCACACUCCACACCUUCCUUUGAAUGAGUUGUGUUCGGAUGGGGGGGGGGGAAGGUAAGGGAUCAGGUCACUCCAAUGUGUUAUAAACUGAAUCUCUCCGAUUCUCGUCUUGCAUCCUGUUUGCCUUUUUUGAGAAGCACAAGUUUGCGUUACACAAUAUUUGUUUCGAAAGACUGACCUGUAUCACGUGUACAAACAGUGUUGCAGUCCCAUCUACACAGUUAUCACCUCAUUUCCAUUCCCAAGAAACAUCUGAAACGUUUGCUGACAUGUUAUUUGAAUUUUACACAAUUAAAGUUUGCUCAAAUAUAUGUUGUUUCUAUAGCGCCCCGUCCUGUUUUCACUAAUGCUUCAUAAAAUUGUAUACUGUUUCUCUGUAUCUUCCCCCCC